AUGACAGCGACCGGCCGAAGCUCUCCUAGCACCGAUGUCCCGAGUAAGCGCCGCCUCAGCCACAACGUUGCUCAAGAGCCGGCAGCAAAGCGCUUCAAACCAAGCAGCGAUCUUGGUCAAUUGCCAGACAAGUUGCGCAAGUUUUAUAAUUUGCCAUCGGUCAAGCCAUCUGUUGUGGAGGAAAUGGACGAUGUCAUUCAGUUUCGUGUGGUCAACAAUGACAACUCACCCAUGAAUAUGAUCAUCUUGACUGGUCUGAAGAACAUCUUUCAAAAGCAGCUUCCAAAAAUGCCUCGAGAGUAUAUUGCUCGUCUCAUUUAUGACCGCAAUCAUCUCAGCCUAGCCAUUGUUCGAGGUGUCCCUACAGGCAAGAUUGAAGUCAUUGGUGGCAUCACCUACCGGCCCUUCAACCACAGACGCUUUGCCGAAAUCGUCUUUUGUGCAAUCGCGUCAAGUGAACAGGUGCGAGGAUAUGGAGCGCAUCUUAUGAAUCACCUAAAAGACUAUGUCAAAGCUUCGUCACCCAUCAUCCACUUCUUGACCUACGCAGACAAUUAUGCGAUUGGCUAUUUCAAGAAGCAAGGCUUCACCAAAGAAAUCACCCUUGAUAGAUCUGUUUGGGUCGGCUACAUUAAGGACUAUGAGGGAGGUACUAUCAUGCAAUGUACGAUGCUCCCAAGAAUACGCUAUCUGGAUUCUAGCGACAUUAUGGCUCGACAAAAGGCGGCGAUAUUGUGGAAAAUCCAAGCAACAUCCAUCGAUCACAUUGUCUACCCAGGUAUCCAAGCCUUCAAGAAUGGCAAAUCAAUCUCUCCAGAGGAUAUUCCUGGUCUCAAGCAAACUGGAUGGUCGAAAGAGAUGGAUGAACAGGCACGUAAACCAAAGCGGCCCGGACACUAUGCUGUCUUGCAGGCGUUGCUGACCGAAAUGCAAAACUCGCCUGCUGCCUGGCCGUUUGUCAAUCCUGUCAGUCGAGAGGAUGUGCCAGACUAUUACGAAGUGAUCAAAGAACCAAUGGAUCUUACUUCCAUGGAAUUCAAGCUUGAAAAUGAUCAAUACGAGAGCGUGGAACAAUUUAUCUAUGAUGCAAAGCUCAUCUUCAACAAUUGCCGCUCCUACAAUAACGAGACGACCACGUAUUACAAGAACUCGACGAAGCUCGAGAAGGCGCUCCGCGAUAUCAUCAAGGAGAAACAUGACGAGUAUCUAAAUCUUUUGUAG